AUGACAGAGCCUCAAAGCGAAAAACGCUUCCACAACUUGACCCUGGAGCAACUUCAAGCUCUGGAUAAAGUCCUGACCGAGAUCAUUCCCAUCCACGGGCGAGGGAAUUUUCCCACACUGCAGGUGAGUGCUAAAGACAUCAUCCGUGUGGUGAAAGACCGCCUCAUGGAAAGAAACAUCCGGGUUAAGGACGUGCGCCUCAACGGGACGACGGCCAGCCACGUCCUCGUAAGGGACAACGGCCUGGGCGUUAGGGACUUGGACAUCAUUUUCGGAGUGGAGCUCCCCAGGCAGGAUGACUUCCAGGUAAUCAAGGAGGCGGUGCUGGGAAGCCUUCGAGACCUCCUGCCGUACGGAGUUAACCGGCGCAAGAUCACCUGCCUCACCAUGAAAGAAGCUUACGUGCAAAAGAUGGUGAAAGUGUUCAACGAGCAUGACCGAUGGAGCCUCAUCUCUCUGUCCAACAACAAAGCCAAAACAGUGGGCUUGAGAUUCGUCAGUGCCCUUCGCAGGCAAUUUGAAUUCAGCGUGGAUUCCUUCCAGAUUAUCCUGGACCGAAUGUUAGAAUCGUACUGGGAGAACGACAGGAAACAAGGGAGGAAGCCCUCGUGGGGGUCCUCAGUGACUGUAGAAGCGGAGUGCACAUACGGCGACUUCGAGCAGGCCGUGGAGCAUCUGCGGCGACGCCUCAUCGCCACCCACCACCCCGAGGAGAUCCGGGGCGGCGGCCUUUUGAAAUACUGCGAGCUCCUGGUGAGGAACUUCCGUCCGGCUAGCGAGACGGAGAUCAAGUCUUUCGAAAGAUACAUGUGCUCGCGCUUCUUUAUCGAUUUUCCCGACGUGAAGGAGCAGCGCCGCAAGAUGGAGGCCUACCUGCAAGGCCACUUCACGGGCGGCGAGGAGGGCAGUAAGUAUGACUACUUGAUGACGCUGCGGCGCAUCAUCGACGAGAGCACCGUGUGCCUGAUGGGCCACGAGAGGAGGCAGACCCUCAACAUGAUCACCGUCCUGGCGCUGAGGAUUCUGGGGGAGCAGAACGCUAUCCCCAACGCCGCCAACGUCACCUGCUUCUACCAGCCGGCCCCUUACGUGAGCGAGCCCAUUUACGGCAGUUACUUCAUCGCGCAGCCCACCCAACCCUCGCUGAUCUACCACCCCUACCCGCUGCACGUGCACAUGCAAAGCGGCCCGGUGUAG